CGGGGUUGUGUGCACGUUCCUCCCUCCCGUCUGGUGGGGAGGGACAAUCAGCAGUUCCAGGCAGAGAGGGAGGCGGUGGAGGAAGGAAGGGACAGAGAGAGAGAAUGAGGUGAGGGGCGUGGGGGGGGGGGGGAGUAGGAGGCGAGGCCAGCAGGAGGAAACAGGCAGUAUAAAUAGCCCCGGGACCCAGCUGGCGGAGAGCGGGGCCCUGUGGCCCUGGACUCGGUGGUCAGCUCCGUCCUCGGCCGGCCGUAGAGCCCCAUCCUGGGUGAGGAGCAGACGCAGCCACUUCAGGUGCUCCGGCCAGACCCGCUGGGCCCUCACUCCAGCUUCCCAUGCUCUCCCGGCCAGCCAUGCUGCUAGGCGGCCUCCUCCUGCUGGCCACCAUGACUGCCGCCCAGUGGAGGGGCCAGGAGGCCGGCCGGCGCCGCCAGACGCACCGCGUCCAGCACGGGCAGUGCAGCUACACCUUUGUGCUGCCGGAGCCCGAGCCCUGCCCGCCGGAGCCCGAGGCCUUCGGGGCCCCCAACAGCCUGCAGAGGGACCUGCCCGCCGCAGGGCUGCACGUGGGGGACUGGCAAGCCCGCCGGGUGCGGCAGCUGGAGAAGAUGCUGGAGAACAACACGCAGUGGCUGCGGAAGCUGGAGCGGUCCAUCCAGACAAGCCUGAGGUCAGAGCUGGCCCAAGCCCAGCAGCACAUAGUUCAGAACCAGACAGCCACCAUGCUGGAGCUGGGCACCAACCUCCUGAACCAGACCACGGCCAAGACCCGCAAGCUGAGUGACGUCGAGGCCCAGGUCCUGAACCAGACAUCCCACAUGGAGAUCCAGAUGCUGGAGACCUCGCUGUCCACCAACAAGCUGGAGAAGCAGCUGCUCCUGCAGGGCCACGAGUUGCACCGGUUGCAGGGCCGAAAUAGCGCCCUGGAGACCCGGCUGCAGGCCCUGGAGACGCAGCAGCGGGUGGAGCUGGCCAGCCUCCGGGACCAGAGGGAGCGGCUGCGGCACCAGCUGGGCCUCCAGAGCGGAGCCCUGGCGGGCCUCGAGCGCAGCCUGCGCGCCCUGGGUGGCAACGCCAGCUCCCUGCAGCGUGCGCAGCGACAGCUGGUGGACUUCGUCCAGCGCCUGGUGCACAUGGCCGCCCAGGGCCAGGGCCCCCAGGAGCUAGCAGCCUCCGUGAGGGCACCGGAGCCCGAGUUCCAGGACUGCGCCGAGAUCCAGCGCUCCGGGGCCAACGCCAGCGGUGUCUACACCAUCCAUAUGGCCAAUACCUCAGAGCCCAGGAAGGUGUUCUGUGAGCUGGAGGCCAAUGGAGGCGGAUGGACCCUCAUCCAGCGCCGCGAGAAAGGCAGCGUGAGCUUCCAGCAGGGGUGGAAGGAGUACAAGGAGGGCUUUGGCGACCCCGCCGGGGAGCACUGGCUGGGCAAUGAGGCGGUGCACCAGCUGACCAGCAGGGCGACCUAUUCACUGCGGGUGGAGCUGCAGGACUGGGAGGGCCAGGAGACCUACGCCCAAUAUGAGCGCUUCCAGCUGGGCAGCGAAGGGCAGAUGUACAGGCUUUCUCUGAGCGGAUACAGCGGCUCCGCCGGGGACCAGAGCAGCCUGCCCUUGAAGGGCGCCAACUUCAGCACCCGGGACGCGGACAACGACGAUUGCUUCUGCAAGUGCGCCCAGAUGAUGUCGGGAGGGUGGUGGUUUGUCGCCUGCGGCCUCUCCAACCUCAACGGCGUCUACUACCCGGCCAGCUACCACUUGCGCAAACUCAACGGCAUCCGCUGGCACUACUUCCGGGGGCCCAGCUACUCUCUGCGGGCCACGCGCAUGAUGGUGCGGCCCGUGGGCGGCUAGCCACGCCGCACAGGGGGCCUCCUGGCCUGGACCCUCGGGACAGCCCAGCCACAGCAUGGGACACAGCGCCUGGGGCUCAACCUCCACACCCUGCAUCACCGCAGCCCGUCCUCCUUGAGCCCUAAGUCUGAAGUCACCUGCCUCCCCACAACCCAGAUUUGUGACAUGCUGGCGGGGGGGUGGAGUCUGUCUCUACGGUACCCCCCUCCUUUCCCUCCUGCCUCCUGCAGGGCUUCCCUGCCAGCCUCGG